AAAGAAGACGAAGAUCACGUUAGCCAAUAGACGUAGGUCGGAAGGCGGAAGCCUUCGGCUUGUGAGCUAUGCGUGACCAUGAUGGUUAACUUCUUUCGUUGGUUAAUUUAGCAGGCUUCAUAGAACAUAGUAUCUCAGGCAGAGUUUUGUUGUUGCGCAUCUACAAUACGCUGAAAUACACACCCACUGUCUAUGGUUGAUGUUUUGAAAGUAACUGAAAAGUGGUCAAGCCGUCUGUGUCUGAAGAAGCCACGGAAGAUGGACUCUGGAGUGUCGACUUCGUUCCUCACCGCUGAGCUGGCAACUGCAGUGGAGCAGGCAGUGAAGACAGCGGUGCAGGCUGUCAUGUGCGAGUUGACAAAAGCGGUUGGAGCUACCCUUGACAACUUGCGUUUGGAAGUGGCCGAGAAAGAACGAGAAAACCAAAGCUUGCGGCUUCGUCUGGACAUAUCUGAGAGCAAACUGAAGGCCGUGCGGGAGUGCCUUAAUCUCGGCGGAGAUAGCAGUGGACUGCCACAAACCAUUCAGUCGGACUCCACAAGGACAGAGAAACAAACUCUUUUAGCAGGUCAGGAUAAGACAUUGGAGCCGCCUGCACAACGUCAGGUGACGGCCAGACCGGUCCGGCCAUCCAGCGAUUCCAUGUUGUCGGUCCUGUGCAGCACCCAGCAGGAACCACCAGCGCAGCACUCGAAGGUGGACAGCACUUGGAAACAAACUGGAAGCGUCUUUGAAGAGAAGGAGGUUUAUCUUGAUGCAAGUACAGGACCAAGAGUAGAAGACACCCCUGAUGCAGAACACAUUCACCUUGCUAAAGAUACUUCGGAAAUGGAAUCAGUUCUGAUUAAAGAGGAGGAUUCCGAUUUAGAGUCUGUUCAUGUAAUAGAAGAUGUCCUUCAGAUGGAAUCUGUGAUUAUCAAAGAUGAAGUUUCUCAUGCAAACAGUAUACCUCAUGUAGAAGUUGCUUUUCAACAGGAAACUGUUACCAUUAUGGAAGAUGCUCCUCAGUCUAUAUCCAGUAAUAAUGACAACCAUUCUACAGUGCUGGGAAGUAUUCCCAGCUCAACAAAGUGUGGUAAAUGUGAGAAGAGCUUUGGCAAAGAAGCAGAGCAAGCACCCCAGGCUCCAUAUUUAUGUACACAGUGUGCCAUUGAAUUUGGAGAUCUGAAAAACCAAACCAGACAAAAGCACCAAACAACAGUAAAGAGGAAAUCCUACUAUUGCUGUGAGUGUGGUCACAGCUUUAAUCAGCUAACGUGUCUCCGGAAACACCAACAGACACAUGCUGGAAAGAGUCCUUAUACAUGCACUGAAUGUGAGAAAAGUUUCAGUCAGUUAGUGUAUCUGAACCAGCAUCAGCGUGUUCACACUGGUGAGACCCCAUUUUGCUGCAUUGAAUGUGGAAGGAGUUUCAGCCAGUUGGGAAAUCUUAUGCAGCAUUUACGUAUUCACACUGGAGAGAAGCCCUUUCGUUGCACUGACUGUGGAAAGAGUUUCAGACACAUAGAUGGCUUGAAGAAGCACCGUCGCAUUCACACAGGAGAGAAACCAUACCAAUGUACAGAGUGUGGCCAGGACUUCAGGCAUUUAAACAGUUUUAAACGACACUGGCGAACUCACACUGAAAAUAGCUUGUGAAUGACAAAAGAAGGGAUUGUUUUCGCCUUGUGUGUAGGAAUAACUAUUUUAUUUGUUGGCAAGAUCUUUUUCAUCAUGCUUCUUUGUCUUCAGCAACAUCUUUUCUUCUUUUGUUAGCUCAGAAUCUCAAAUCAUUUUAAAUUAUAUGUUUUAAUAUUUUGCCUUUGAUGGAUCAGUAUGUCAGUGUUAAUGCAGUUUUCUAUAGUUUAAUACACACCAUUAUCAUUCUUGACUGGUCAGUCAAAAUUACCCUAGCUAUUUUGUCAAGCUUGGAGUAAUGGCCAAAGAGAAUGAAACUGGGUGCAAUGUGCAGAAAGAGUUAUUUUCUCAGAAUUUUAGGGUUUACACUACAUGAUAUCAUGAGAAGCCCAGAGAACAACUGCUGUUCCUGUGGUCGAAGUAGCCAGAUGAGGUUAUUCCAAUAUCUGUCGAGUACAACCUUUUGUACCUUCUGGUGAAGUAACCAUGCACAGCCUACUAGGAAUACACCCAGGACAUGCUGGAGUGAUUAUAUUUUUUAUGUUCACGUGGAACUACUUUUGUGUGUUACAUGCCUCCCCCGUCUUGUCUUUUCUCCACCACAAGCCUUACCAGGACUAAGCUAAGAAAUCUGGUAGGCUUAAAGGUGUACCUGAAAUGUUGUACAACUCGUUAUCGAUUUUUGUCUUGAGGUUUAGCAUUUUCAGGCAAUGUGGUUCCACUCACAAAACACUUAAUGUAAAAUUCUUGAUGUUAUUACAUAUUUAGUGAUUUAUAUACAUAUAUACAGUCAUGGCCGAAAUUAUCGCACCCCUGGAAUUUUCCUUGCACACAGUCAAGGCAUCC